AAGGAGAAUGCGCCAGCUGAUCUUCGCUCUUUUCCUCACGGCCGUGAUGAGCCAAGCGUCCGCCUUCCAGCCCCAGCCCCAGCAUCUUCCCCUAAGGCACCAGCGCAUCGAGCUGCAGCGUCAGAGCCGCCUGCGUGCAGCCCGUCAGCCAGGCGUGCUGACAAAAGAGAGGGAGGCGGUGGAUCUGCACUACAUCGACAUCCCUGCGAAUGGUAGGUAUUAUGCGGCAUUAGCACGGGCUGCGUCACACCGCGCGAGAUACAAGCUGCUUUAUUUGCUGGUUUGCACAUUGCUACAUACACAGGGCAUGAUAGCCGGGAGGCGGUUUUGCUCCUUCAUGGCCUUCUCGGUGAGGACACGGAACACACAGACGCACACACGCACACACGGCACGAACGAGGAGAAACGCCUGAGACCUGUCUCUAUGCUGCUUGGCGCUCCCCUAUAGGUUCGUCUCGCAAUUGGAUGACAUGGGCGAAGAGGUGAGAGGAGAUGCAAUCAAGUCGACGGUGUGUUGGCUCACGGUGUGUAUUGUCGUGCGGGUUAGGUUGUCGAGUGAGCUUGACACAUCGAGGCGCAUCAUCGUCCCUGACCUCCGCAACCAUGGCUCCAGCACGCACGCUGAAUCCAUGACAUACGCGUAAGUGCAUGGAGAAUCAAACGUAAGUGCACGGGCUUUCGCCUGCAAUUCUGUGUGCAGCGAGAUGGCUCAGGACGUGCUGCGGCUGCUCGAGUCCGUCAACGAGGACCGAAUCGUCUGCGUCGGACACAGUCAGCACCCACCCAGCACAGCUAACAACCCAAACCACACACGUCUGUCCUGUGAGGCUGUCGCUUGCCUGCAGGCAUGGGUGGCAAAGUCGCAGCAGCUCUCGGCCUGCUUGAACCGUCUCGCGUCGAUGGGCUGGUGAUUGUGGAUGUGGCCCCGGUGCCGUACUCGACAGAGGACGGUAACGACUGGAAAGAAAUCAGGAGGUACGUGUGUGAUGGACGCGAUGAAGGUCCGCCCUGCCUCACUCACUCCACCACUCUUCAUUUACCCGCUCUCUAUGCUCCCUCCCUCCCCGCAGGAUCAUCAAUGGGCUCCAGGCACUGCCUCUUCAUGCUCUGUCCACCCGUCAGGAUGCCGACAGGGGUUUGAGGGAUGAGCACGGCAUCGAUGACGAUGCGCUGAGAGCCUUCGUUCUGACCAAUCUUGAGAGGCACGAGGACUCAUGGAGGUGGCGAAUCAACCUGGACGCAAUCGCACGGUGGGCCAGAGAGACCAAUAACACAGAAGGAAAGGCAGACGAGCCAGCACGGUUUGAAUGCCUGGUUUUGGGGAUGUGUGUGUCAGGUCGCUCGAGGACCUGGCGCUGUUUGAUCUGGAGGCCGCGUGGGGCAGCGAGUCCGAGCUGCCCCCUCCUUACGAAGGCGACACGCUGUUCGUGAUGGGCAGCAACAGCCGCUACAUCCAGUCGCGGCACCUGGACGUCAUCCAGCGGCUGUUCGCCUCCUUCACCCUGCAGACAGUGAAAGAGGCGGGGCAUUGGGUGCAUGCCGACCAACCUGACCGAAUGGUUCAGGUCGUCAAGGCAUACCUCGACAGGUAGCUAGGUCAUCAGACAGACAGACCGACGACAGACAGGCAGUGGCUGCAUUCCAUCGCAUGCAUCACAUAGCUAGGCGUUUUGGACGUGUGACAUACAUGAUGACGUGAGUAAGUAGGGUGUGUGUCUAUGUCUUAUGUAGCUAUAGAGGGGUUUUUGCCGUGCAUGUCUGCCCCUUUGUGAUGGCUGGAUGCUGUUUGAUAUGCAUUGCAUGUCAGUGUGUGUAUGAUUUCUCGAUCAUCGAG